AUGGCAACGACGGAGGACGAUGACGAGCUGCUCAACUACCUGAAGGAGGCCACGGAGGCGUGCAAGAAGGGUCCUGGGGAGUGGCCACAGCUGAAGGCGGUGAAGGACAGGAUGAGGGCCUUCCGAACUUUGGUCAACGAUGCCAACAAGGCUUUGGCCAAAAAGGACUCGCUGGCCAAGAAGAAGGCAAAGAACAAGGCCCUCACCGCUGCCACAUCUGCGAACGGCACCUCGUCGCAAGCCGCAGCUGACAUCGCAAUCAGCCCGGAGAUGCUGGACUGUGUCUGCUGGAUGCGAAAGGAGCUGUUGAAGGAAAGAUGGCCGAAGUUUCAGCGAGGCAGCAACGGGGUGUGGUUCAAUCUGCAGGAGGAUAUGCUGGAUCAGAUGCCGGGCAAGGGCCCAGUGCUGAUCCCUGCCGAGCAAAUCACAGGCCUGCUCAAGAGUGUUCACGAUCUGGUUUACUACCAGUCCCAGAAGCAGUGGUUAGGAGAGAAGAUGAAGACAGAUGGCAGAGGUGUAACCACUGCGGUGAUCCGACGAGAGGCAGUUGCGAAGCAAGUUCUCGGUUUCAUCGGCAAGAGCCUGCCGGUGGCAGUCGCUGACCGCCUUUCGCUUCCGGGGGAUGAAGAUCUGCUGGAAUUGUGGAGGCCCAUGUUCUGCCACUGCAUGGGCGGCCGUGUGGACACCAGCACAGCCUUCAGCCUGCCAGAGCUGACGGUGCAUCUCGAGGGGACAAGCGUUUUCUUCGCCGGCUUCCGUGCCACCCAGGAAACACAGCUCGGGGACUUCAAAGCCCUCACGUCGCAAGAGUUCCUUGACCGCUGCGAGUGGUUUGCAAACUUGUCCGCCGGCCAGGGCAUCGUCCUGCCGCCAGGGAUGGUGUACAUCAUGAUCAACACGGAGUACGACGUCGAGAAGGAUGGCAGCCCCGAAAGCAUUCCAGCCCACAUGCUGAAGUUGUUCGUACUGACGGCGAGCUCCUGCAAAUGGGCAUCGACAAGCCUUGGAAAGGUGGUCGCCCGCACCCCCGAGCUGGGUGCCAAAAGAACAGGUAAACUUCUGAACCACUUCCUCAGCGUGCUGGACUAA